AUGCUGUAUAAACAGGACCAGUUCAGGGGUUACCCUUAUCCGGAGAAGGGACCUGAUGUUCCUGCCACCUACAAUCGGAAAGCAAAUCCACCUCUGCGAGGCUUCAUAGUUAGCGUGGCUGCUUGGCUCAUAGAACGGCUGUGGUUUCUCCCGGGGCUUAUCUGGGUGAAUGCGUUUGGGUCGCUGCGAGCCAUUAGACCCCAUCUGGAUCAUAUCGAGCCGCGAUUUGACCCGACGGUGAUCCCUUUACGGUCCGCGUCGCCAGUGGACGAGACGCCAAUUGACUCCCCUUCUUCUUCCUCUGCCGUAACCCCGGCCAAAUACUACUCGGUCGCCGACUACCAUGCCGUAUACAAGUCAGGCGAACUCACCCCAAUCGCCGUUGUCAAAGCUCUGUUGCCGUUGAUCCGCCGCGACCUUUCUUCUCCCGGUAAACACUCAACUGCAUUUGCUGACAGUCGUGUCGAUGAUAUCCUCGCUGCUGCUCAGGCGUCGACCCGUCGCUACAAGGAGAACCGUCCGCUGGGAAUAUUUGACGGGGUCCCAACUGCAGUGAAGGACGAAGUUGAUAUCGACGGAUAUCGUACCUACCUUGGCUCGUUGAAUGACUAUACUCUCGACGGCAGGGCGGACGGGUCCACCACAAAUUGGUGUGUGAGGCAACUGCAAAAUGCUGGAGCAAUAAUUGUGGGCAAGCUCGCUAUGCAUGAGUUCGGACUGGCAGAUACCACCGGAAACAACAUCCACUAUGGUACCCCUCUCAACCCACACCAUCCACAGUAUUACACUGGCGGGAGCUCUUCGGGCUGUGCUUAUGCCGUCAGCGCCGGUCUUAUUCCGUUCGCAUUAGGGAGCGAUGGAGGCGGCAGUGUUCGGAUCCCGUCGGCAUUCUGUUCGGUCGUCGGCCUGAAACCCACACAUAACCGUCUUUCGCACUAUCCGGGCGUCAACUACGCGAGUACUGUUGGCGUGAUCGGUCCACUUGCAGCUGAUAUUCGCACGCUGGCUGAAACGUACCGCAUUGUGGCUGCACCUGGUCCUGACUCUGCCUUCCCUGCCCCUGGACCCAUUGUGUUGAAUCCAUCUUCUCGCGGGAAGAGAUACCUGGGUGUAUCGGAAACCUGGUUCUCGCGAGCUGCUCCGGACGUGCAGCGUCUGUGUCGCCCGCUCCUUGACAAACUCGUCUCUGUGCAUGACUAUUCCAUUGUUCCAAUCGAGAUCCCAUUUUUAGUGGAAGGCCAAGCCGCCCAUGCCUUGACGAUCUUGAACGACGCGGCCGCGGUUCUUGUAGAAACCAGCAAUUUCUCUGCCGGCAACCGCAUUCUUCUUGCUCUUGGACGCUCCACCCCCGCGACGGACUACCUUGUAGCGCAGAAGUUGCGCCAGGUGUUGAUGCGACAUUUGGCAGCCCUCUGGAAGGAAUUCCCCGGCAUGAUUAUCGUGACGCCCACGACGGCCUGCGCUGGAUGGCGCAUCAAGUCCGCUUCCGAGUUGACCUGGAGUUUGAGUGAUGGCGACCAAACUCUGCGCGCGAUGGAGUAUGUCUGGCUGGCUAAUUUCACAGGCAUCCCGGCAAUAAGUGUGCCCGCAGGCUUUGCCGAGCCGGAGGAAGGAGCCCAUGGCGAGGGUCAAGUGCCGGUGGGAUUGAUGGGUAACGGCGAAUGGGGCAGUGAGGAGGGACUGUUGCAAUGGGGAUUGAAGGUGGAGGAACUCUCUUCCGAACUCCGGGAGCAGCCGCCAAUCUGGGAGGAUGUUAUCCAGCGGGCCAAAGACUUGGACGAAACCAGCGAGAGCGAUGAGGAGUAG